AUGACUGUACCUAACCUCCAUCUCAUAUUCUUCCUCAGCUUGCUUCAAUAUUUUGCCAUAGCCAGAGCUGAAGCAGAUGGCUCUAUUUAUAUAGGCAAUAAAGAUGCUGUUUAUAUCCACCAUGAUUCUGAUCCUCUUGAUGGCGGCAAAGGGGGCUCAGCGUCCGAAGGAGGUAGAAAAGUCCGGUCCCGGAUCAUUAUCGCGAUGGUCAUCCCAGUCGUUGUUACUGUCCUGCUGUCCUAUUUCGUCAUCUAUUUGCUGCGAAGGAAGGCAAGGAGGAGAUAUGCCAUUCUCAAAGAAAGCUUACACAUAUACAUUGGUUUGGUUGGAACUGAACGUACUACUCUGGAGUCACUGCAAUUCGAUUUCACUACAAUUGAAGCUGCAACAAACAGGUUUUCAGUUCAGAACAGGAUAAGUCAAGGAGGAUUUGGAGAAGGUACUCUUUCUAAUGGACAGAAAAUUGCUGUGAAGAGACUCUCCGCGAGCUCCGAACAAGGCACCCUGGGAUUUAAGAAUGAGAUUUUACUAAUGGCUAAACUUCAACAUAGAAAUCUAGUGACAUUGUUGGGAUUUGCUUACAAGAGCAUAAGAAGAUACUCGUUUGCGAAUUUGCACCCCACAAAAGCCUCGACUACUUUCUCUUUGAUUCUCAAGAUCAACUCUUGUCAAAUUGGUCCAGGCGCUUUAAAAUCAUUGAAGGGAUCAAAACAUCAAUCCAAAGCUUUCCCAUCGUGGAAUGGCAAAAAUGGUGGCAAUAGAUCAACACCAAGAAAGAACAAGGAGAAUGGUUGGGACACAGCUUGGAACCAGUGGAGGGGAGGUGAGACGCCAUUAGAAAUAAUCGAUCCGAAGUUGAAAGAAAGUUGUUGUGAAGCAGAAGUGAUGAAGUGCAUCCAGAUUGGAUUAUUGUGUGUUCAAGAGAAACCACAGUAUAGGCCUCCCAUGUCAAGAGUUGUUUCGUAUUUAAGUAAUCUUUCUGUGGAAUUACCAUUUCCUCGCGAGCGCGCAUUUUAUAUUCAUGGUAGGAGGGACCCAAAUUCGGGUCAUCCUUCUGCUUCUGCCAACAAUUCCAUUCCAUCUUCUGUCAAUGAAAUGUCUAUAACUUCAUCUUUUCCUCGUUAG